GCAACGCUUUGGGGACGCAGUGAGGGGGGGAAAAAACGAAAUAAGUGUUCUUCUCUCAUCCCUGACGCGACUCGUUAUUCUCCUCCGGAGGGACUCGGAAGCGGGGAGAAGAAAACACAAAGUUAACGAACUUUGCACAUCUUUGCACUAACGCCAUUUUGAGUCUCUCUCCGGAACUUUGCUGCUUCUUUUUUUUUUAGCCCAUCAUCACCACUCACUCACCAUCAUCAUGUCUCGGCGAAAGCAGCCCAACCCCAACAAAGUCAGACUGUGAGCCGUGGGUGUUGACACUCGAGGUUCGCGGUGGUCCCUCUCCCACGCCCAGCUCCAGCUUAGUACAGACUCGUCUGAGGACGGUGAUGGAUCAUACAUCAGAAGAAAAGCGGGCUGGAGAGGUGCUAAGCUCCACCCCCGGUGCCAAGGCGACGGAGCAGACAGAUGAGUCAGAGAGCCCCGCCCCCACACAAGCACGAGAGAGGCAUGCUGGGAGUCCAGUUGAACACGGGGACAGCAUGGAGGAGCGAGGCAGCGGGCCGCUCCGGGAGGAUGCCGGGGCAGAGGGAGUGGAUGGGGUGGACUUGUCCUCCAUCAAGUCCAUGAUGAGUACAGUCAUGAAAGCAGCUCAGCUAAAUGGAGGAGUGGAGGUCACCUCCACCACCCCCACCAAGGCUCCUGUCAAAAGCCCUGGUGUCAGCCGCUACACCAGGAAGAACCAGGAUUGCAAAGAUGACACCUCUUCUGUCAUCUGCCCUCUGUGUGACAAGAACUGUCAAACUCAACAUCAACUUACUAUGCAUAUUCGCCAGCACAACUCUGAUGCGGGAGCGACGGAUCACUCGUGCAGCAUCUGUGGCAAGUGCUUGAGCUCGGCCAGCUCGCUGGACCGCCACAUGUUGGUGCACAGCGGUGAGCGGCCCUACAGGUGCACGGUGUGCGGCCAGACCUUCACCACCAAUGGCAACAUGCACAGGCACAUGAAGAUCCACGACAAAGACCCAGCUGUGCCCCUCCCCACCAGCCCACCUUCGCCUGUCAAACGGAGGCGCUCCUCGGCUGCUGCCAAGAGGAAACCGAGCCGCGAUGAAGAUGCAGAGCGCACGGUCGAGCCGUCCAGUAAAAGGGUUGUGGAGGACACUGGACUAGAUGAGCAGGCACCGAGCAAAGGCCAAGAUGAGCUGCUGACAUGUCCCAUUUGCUACAAGAGCCUCAGCUCUAGAUAUGACCUGGAGGCCCAUAUGGAUACGCAUCCUGAUGCUGCACUCCGGUGUGAGCUCUGUUGUAUCUCGUUUCGGACACACAGGGGUUUGCUCCGUCAUAACUCGGUGAUCCAUAAACAGCUGCCAACUGACCCCAAUGGACACCCAUUUAUUCAGAACAACCCCUCUAUACCCCUCGGCUUUAAUGAUCUAGCCUUCAUUGACUUCUCCUGUCGCAAGUUUCCUCACAUUGCCCAAGUGUGGUGUGAAACCAAUCUACGCCGGUGCUCCAGCAAGUUUCAUCACUUUGUGUGCGAGACGUGUGACAAGGCCUUCCCUUUGCGUUUGGCCCUAGACCUGCACAAGUCCACACAUGAGGAUUCCGAAGACACUCAGGAGCCCAUUUCUUCCCAGGCUUCCAGCAUAGAGCCCCUCAUGCCAGAGAAAAGCAGUUUUAUGAAUGCACUUGGUUUGCAGCACAUCUCCCAGGUCAAACCAGUAACAUCAGAAGAGGAGUCCUUACAGGCAGAACUGGACGGUAUCAAAAUCAUUCACGUGGAGGCAUCAUCAGACCAGCAGGAGGUUGGGCUCCUCGGUGGUCUUGGACUGUCUCUGGUGGACCCAUCCUCUCUCCGGGGUCUGUCCCAGCAUGAGGCUCUUAAACUCCUCUCCCUACAGCCUUUCCAGACUGGUUUCCUUGUCCAGCCAGAUGGCGGGAUGGUGGUGAAGCAGGUUUGCGGUGAGACUGGAAUGGAGUUGGCGGACAUACAGCAGAUCCUCAAAGUGGCUUCUGCUGCCCCACAACAGAUCAGCUUGCCACCCUUGUCCAAGGCUCCAUGUAGUGCAAUGCCGUCAGGCCAAAAGCAGAUGCCGCCGCUCAAACCGAAGCCUCUGGGGGCUCCAAGGACCAACAUGACAACUUCUACGCCCCCUCUCCUCCUGAGCACCCAGCAGGCCUCACUAGGCUGCAUAAGCCCCAGCUUGCCACCCCAUGCCGGCCUUCCUCUGAAGAUUACCAAGGAACUGUCCCCGUCUUCAUCUUCAUCAUCCUCCACGUGCAACCCAGGGUCCAUGGAAAAAAUGCAAAUGGAGGCAGAGUGCAUGGGGGAUGCUCAUAUGCCCAUGGACACAGAUGAACAACAGAUCAAGCAGGAAGAAGACAAGCUAGGAGAGUCAUCUGGAAAGAAGGGAACAUCUCGCAAAGGAUCUUACCCCUGCCGAUUUUGUGACCAGGUAUUUGCGUAUUCAGGCGUGCUGCAGGCACAUAUGCGCUAUCAUCUGGGCAUCUUGCCCCACCAAUGCAAUAUUUGUGACUAUGUUGCUCCAGACAAGGCCACACUGAUCCGUCAUCUGCGCACCCACAGUGGUGAGCGGCCUUACGUCUGCAGAGUCUGUCAUUACCCGUUUACUGUUAAAGCCAACUGUGAACGCCACCUCCGCAAAAAGCACAUGAAGAACACCCGCAAAGAAAUAGAGAAAAAUAUCAAAUAUGUUACCUCGUCCACUUCUACAUCGGAUGCAUUGGAGUUGACUGGAUCAGGAGACACCACUUGUCGAUACUGCGGUGAGGACUUGAAGACCUACCGAGCCCUACAAAUCCACAUGCGUGCUCACAAUGGUUUCCAACGAAAGCCAUUUGAGUGUAAACGCUGUGGAGCAGCCUUCCUGGCCAAGCGGAACUGCAUCCACCACCUACUGAAACAACACCCAGAGGUCAAAGAGCAGGACAUAGAAGAACAUAUAGCCACGCUUCUCACUGCUCCCUCUCAGACCAGCCCUGAUGCCUCUCCACUCAACGGGGUGACACCAAGUGCCUCUCUGCAGCCUAUUAAAGUGGAGGACUUGAGUUUCUAUGGCGGAGAUCUGGACCAACCCCUGGACUUCUCAAACAAAAGCCACAUGGGUCGCAGUUCUGGAAGUGUGAGUGGUUCUCCUGGGAUCAAGAUGGAGACAGCAUCUUAUGACAGUUCCAUGGAACCCAUUGAUCUCUCCAUUCCCAAGAAUCCAGAGAAGAAAAUGAAGGGAGAUACUGACACCAUGUUGCAAAGGGAAGUUAAAAAGGAGCAGGGCUCCCUUAACAUAAUGGAUCACACCCUUGUCAAGGGCCUUCAGACUGAUAGACCCAUUGAUGAGAAGCCUCAGCAGCUUGGGUGCUACAAGCUUCCUGUAGCUUUGACAACUCUGGGUGCAGCCAGUGCAGCAGGUCGAGCCUUGCGGCUGAAACCCCUGCUUCCCAAACCCAGCUCAGCUGGUGUGAAAGAGUUGCCACCAUUGGCUUCCAUUGCCCAGAUAAUCUCUUCUGUCUCUGGUGCUCCUGACCUCCUGAAACGGGAAAACAGCUAUCCAUCUAGUUCCGGUGCAUCCUGUAAACAGGAAGUCACAGAAGCCCCAUGUGAAGAUAACACGGAGGGCUCUAAGAAGAGAUGCAAGAAAAGAUCAACCAUCAAUACAACUAGAGAGAAGCCAGCAUUGAAUUCUUCAGACACCAGCAUCGACCUCGAGUCCAGUGGAGAAUUUGCCAGUGUAGAGAAGAUGCUGGCCACUACCGAUGCCAACAAGUUUAGCACCUACUUGCAAACCAGUGCAAUUGAGCUAGGAAGGAAAGAAGGAGAGAAAUCAUGUGUGAAUGACAAGAGAGAAGGUAAAGAUGAAAAGCCAAGCAGACAAGCCUCACAGUCUCAGCAGUCCAAAGGGAAAAAGAAUGCAUACUCAAACUCUGUACAGAAGUUGACUUGCCCAUAUUGCCCAAGAGUCUUUCCAUGGGCCAGCUCGCUCCAGCGACAUAUGCUGACUCAUACAGGUCAGAAGCCAUACCCCUGCCCGAAAUGCGAUGCCCUUUUCUCAACCAAGUCUAACUGUGAGCGCCAUCUUUUGCGCAAGCACGGCAUAACCAACAGGAUCUUACGGCAUAACGGUACCAUAACCAAACCCAAAGAACCAGAGGACGGCUCGCAAGAGAGUGCAGAAAGCAUGUCUGAAACAGAGUACCCCAGCGGUGAGGCAAUGGAUCUGACUAAUUCUGCCCCCGAAAAGUUGACUGCGUCGGAUGCUGAAAAACCCUCCCCAGCCAAGCCAACAGAGACAGCUGCAGUAAAGCCCUUUUUUCACUCGGAGGAGCAGGAAAACCAGCAAGUGCUUGAGCUAAUGGAGAGGAAAGGCACAGAAAACGAUGAUGAUUCACACAGCAACAAGAGUUUAGACCUGAACUUCGCCAGCAAGCUGAUCGACUUUAAGUUCUUGGAGUGUGAGCAGCCCAAGUCUUCUCCUACGGUGGACAGUGACUCACUCGAGCGGCCAGCACCACAGGACGAGUCCAAGUUGACCUGCAAGAACUGCAAUAAGUGCUUCCGCUAUGCCGCAACCCUGGCACGCCAUGAAAAGGUUCACCUACUGGAAAGCGCAGCUAGCAUGGACUCCAAAGUUGAUGACUCAGCCAGAUCUUGUGAACUGAAGAAGGAAGAAGUAGAUGAGGAGGCCGAGAAAGAGGAGCGAAAGGGGACUGCAGACAGCGAAGGGGCAGGCAGUGCGAUGGAUAGUGGCUCUGAUGAGGAGAAAGAGGAGAGGAGUGAUGAAGAAGGAGGUGUGGCCGAACCAAAGAGUUGUGACGGGGAGACAGAAUCUUCUGGAAGCAAAACUGACAAGAGGAAGAAGAUUUGCAGUGUGUGCAGCAAGCGCUUCUGGAGUCUUCAGGACCUUACAAGACACAUGCGCUCUCACACAGGUGAACGGCCCUACAAGUGUCAGACCUGCGAGCGCACCUUUACCCUGAAGCACAGUUUGGUCAGGCACCAGCGCAUCCACCAGAAGCCACGUGGGGCUGAGGCAGAUGGCUCCAUGGCAGGGAUCACGGGCAGAGCUGGGGAUGAGGAGGGGUUCAGUGGACGCUCAGCAAGCGAGGGAGAGUGCACCCCCACCAGUACCAACCCUCCUUCUGAAAAUGAGAGCGAAGUUAUGGAAACAGUUAAGGAGAGCCCAAAGUCCCGGGGGAAAGAAAGCAAGAAUGCAAUAACUUCCACAACUACAGAGACAAAAGUGUUAAAGAGGGGACUUGAAGGCGAGGCCACGCUGGCCGAGAAGGCAGAAACUGAACCAGCUUCAGAGAUGCCCAAAGAUCCUCCAGCAGAGGAGGAGGAGGUCGCAAAUUCUCCCACCACCUCUGGGACAGAUGUAGAGCAGCCAGCGGGAUGCCUACAAGGCCUGCGGGAUAUACAUGCCAAGCCCAAUGUCGAGCACAUCCUUCCCACCAAUGAGUGCCCUCUGCUGGGAGUGGAGUGAAGACCAGCUCUUGGUUUUUCUCCGGUUAUCCUCUGGCAGUAGUGGACUCCAGAGGCAGUGCCAUACAGUACAAGAAUAUUUGUAAUACAAAACAUUUUAAAAACAAAGAUUAACAUGUUUCCAAGUGCCUUGCUACUUUUUGCUAUAUCUUUAUCUACUACCAGAUGAUCUAGUUGACUUUUAGAGUAUUUUAUAAAGAUUUUUUUUUUUUGGUUGUUUUUUGGGAUCUUCAAUGAAAGUGCAUUAAGCAAUAAAUGAACAAUUUGGUAUAAUUUGUAUGAUUUAAGUGUCUGAAUAGAGUAUGGUCGUGUGAAAACCAGGUUUAUAUGGCGAACCAGCAAAGGCUAAAAACAAGCUGGCAUAUGGCUACUGAGACUUCUAUGUCGAGGCUUGUGCAUGUGAGCAUAACUGGAAUACAUUAAACAAACUCAGCCUACUCUUCAAAGGGCUAUUCACAGAUGCAGUCCCACCCUUCCAUUUUCAUCUUUCUUCAGCAGUAGAAAGGCCUCCAGUGUAUCUGACAAACUGAAUUAUGAUUUUUGUUAUUAUGUAAUGGAGGGCACAAAAAGUUGCAGAGGCUUCAGAGAUGAAGGUACAGCUGCAAUUGGGCAUCGUGGGCUGCCCUCAGGGUGGGCAACAGCUCUGCUAUCAUGAAACAUAUUGGCAAUAUUUGCCUGAAAUAUCAUUAAUUUACCAGCUACGCUGACCAUGUCAGACAUCCUGUUUUAACCUUCAGUUUUUCAGAAGAAAGUGAAGGACAGGAGAUGAGAGAACUACAGUGUUUUUAAUCUAAGGGGUUUAAGAAUUUCUCCCCCCCAGAUCAGUAUCAUUAUCAAACAAUGACACAGAAAAGCACACAUGAACAGAUGUGAUGUGUUUGACCCAAAAGGUGUUGAGAUUUAAUGUCUUCCGAAACCCCUUCUACUUCAAGCCUUCAUGUUUUUUAGAUCGGCCUGCAAUCUGCCUGUUUUGGUAAACACUAGUCUGCAUUUUCUUUAUUUAAAUGUACUUGAACACUGUCACCCUGCUGCCACCUACCUGGAUAUGGCACCGGUUUCAGGUCCAUCUUCAUCAUUCUGUACGCCUCUUCUACAAAGAUCUCAAUGACAUUAUCAAUGACAUUAUCAUUUGUGGUGGUGUUUUUGGGUUUUUUUUGUUGUUGUUUUUUUUUCUCAAUUGUGUGAACCUCAGACUCAAAACAAACCUCAAAAGGCACAGAGACUGUAGAAGUUGCGACGGACUUGUAGAAUAUAGAUGGACACAUCUGUUUUUCUGGACCAGUCAUAAGCUGACUGGAUGACACCCACUUAUGACAGGUGCAAGAGCCAUGUGCAGUAUGAAACAGAGUAUUAACAGGCAAGGGGGGGUGGGGGGUGGGUUUGGCCAAGUUGACGGAAGGAAACCUCUUGCGGAUGCCGCGUUUCCCCACCACAGAGGGCACUGUGCCAUCUAGUGGGGAAAUACUAGUAUUCCCCCCCUUUACUCUGGUUCUCAGGCACAAGGCUAGUAUUGAAUGAACUUGAAUAAAAAUGCAAUCGCUUUCUCAAUCUGUAUAAUGUAUUCUGGGACUCUGCUUCUUUUCAUACCUUUUCCUGGGUUGGUGUUGCAACUGUUUUGUAUGUACAGCCACAUGCGCUUGGGUGUAUGUAUGUGUGUAGGGAUUCCUGUUAAGAAUGCACACAGACUGUUUUAAAUGUAUUUAUUGUAGCCCAGUGUGGGUAAAGAAGUUAAUGUGGAGAAGCCAUGUAUUAAUGCAAUUAUGCUGCAGAGAGAAAUGAUUCAAAUUCAAUACUUAGUGUCCCAGGCUUUGAACUGGGUCUUUUCUAGCAAUAAUCACUAUUGAUCCAAAAGCUUUAUGUAGACAUUUUGUAUAUUUUAUAGACUGUGUGGUCCAUUUUGUAUUUUUCCCUAUCAUUAUCAUCACUAUUAUAUCAGUUUGGCUGAGAAAUGACUUCUGUUUUCCUUGAUAUAUGUCAUAUAAAACUGUGAAAUUUCUUUUUAUUCUGCUAUGGGUGAAUCUUUAGGUUAGUUUUGCAUGUUAGCCUUUGUUGGUCAGUUAGGGGUAUUUUUUUCUGUUUCUCGGCCCUCCCACACCAUCUUGCUCUCAGGGGUUUUACAAGAUGCUUACUCAAAAUUUUAAUUUUUCCUGAGUUGCAAACAUUCUGCCCAAUUUUUGAUUUUAUUGAACAAGUUGAACUGUCAAUCACUACUUCUAGCACUUGACUGUGAAUUAAAAUAAAUGUGUGUCUGUGGGGAGGGGGGGGGUGGUUACUGAAUCCAUGCAAACCCACAUUCCUCUGGUGUCUCAUGCUAUUUUCCAAGUUAUGUUUCUUCAGUCUUUUUACUUCUGGUUCCUUCUUGCUCUGUCUCUUUUUAUCCUGCGAUAAAUGACUAGAAAAUGUCUAGAAUGGCAGACAGAAUGACAUACCAGACCUAUCACUGUCUUAAGUUCUAACCAAUAUCAAAGGGAGCUUUGCAUCGCUGCUACACAUCUACAAAAAUAAUUCUACUGGACUUGAAUGGAACCAGAAUCAUCAAAAGUAUUUUGGCACACUACUUCUGCUCUUCGAAUGAGUGCUUCAGAAUCAGAAAUGUAAGCUGUUCUGUAUCAAAUCUAUUAAAGCAAUAAAGUUGUAUUAAAAUA